GAUGUCGGCUACCUCUACCUUUCUGGCCCUCAACUCAAUAAUUCAAGAAGGCGCUGCCUCUAUCCCCCGCCCCCAACCAUGUUUCCACUCGUCUUCGAAAAGAGAUGUCUGCUACCGUACUGUAAGACUAGCUUUCAGCAUUGUGAUGUAAUUGGAGAUCUUUCAUCAUACACACCUACUUCAUUUGAUCUGCGAGAAAUCGUAUUCGUUGCACAAAUGCCACACAUGAGGGAGCGCAUUCAACUCGAAUAUUCACCUUGGUUCCAGUUUCUUCUUGGGCUUCUCCAAGUAGAAGUCGAGUACAGCGAUAAUUUCAAAUAUGUGGAUGGAGCUCUUCUAGAGUUGGAAAUACGAAUGGGAUAUCGCACAAAUACAGAUGCGGCAGAUGAGUGGCAUGAUUUGAUUACUACAAAUAUUACUCGAACCUUGGAGUGCAGUAUUCCUCCGGAUAAGAAGUCUAGCGGACACAUGUAUGACUGUGGGGUGAUUGAUCUCUUUGAAAUGGGAUCGAAUAACUAUCCAUUCUACCUGUUGAACGUCAGAAUUCCAAUCAAUCAAACAGCAUGCGCUGCGAACCCAAAGAGCCCAAACUGCCAAAUCGGAAAAAUUGCGAAUCUACGCGUAGUGACGAUCCAUCAGAAUGGCGGGUUCACCCUCAUCUGGCUAUGGUUGAAAACUCUUGUCUUUCCCAUUGUUACUGCUGCUAUUUGGUGGUACUGGAACAGGGUCGAUAAGCUGGCUCGCAAGCCUAUGUUACUUGAAAAGGCUAUCAUGGCGCUCGGAAUAAGUCUGGCUGUACUUGACUGUGAGUAUGAUUUCUUAUUUGCAGCUGACCACUGA